AUGUUUUUGGACAUACAAAAUGAGCCUAUUUUUUUCAAUGACCCACUUUGGGAACCACGUUUAGCCUAUUUAGCCGACAUAUUUGACCAGCUUAACACUCUUAAUCUCAAGCUUCAGGGUAAGGACACAACAGUAAUUCACUUUGUUGACACAUUGCGUGCUUUUGUUGCCAAGAUGAAGAACUGGUCUGGGAAAGUUAGCUCUGGUAAUCUUGCUAUGUUUGAGAAGCUUUGUGAAGUGGCCGAAGGAAGAGAAGAAGAAACAGAAUCUUGCCUCCAAAAUGAAAUAAUCAGUCACCUUCAUAAUUUGUGCCAAGAAUUUUCCAGGUACUUUCCUGAUCUUGAAGAAAUAGAUCUGUCAUUUGUGAGAAACCCUUUUAAUGCAGAACCAGAUAUUAUUCCUGAGUCUGACAAAGAUGAAUUUCUAGAGAUGAAAUUUGAUUCAAGUAUCAAGGAUUUUUUUUAA